UUUCACCGCAUUCAACUCAAGCACACCGUCUGUCAAAGUAUCGCGUCUUGUCGUCUUUGGAGUUUCUACCAUAUUUUGUGAUUUCUAGAAAUCUAUAACAAUUUGCUGCAAUUUAAAGGCAUUUUGUCAAUAAACUAAUUUUGUUAAAAACUCUCAACAAGCGAUUCAUCUUUAGCUCACAAUCAAAAUGUCCAACGAUCAUGAUAAUCAGAAUGAUGACAGCCAAAACUACGAAGAUAGUCAAUGUGAGGGAUCUCAAGAUGAGAAUGGCUCACAAAAUGAUGAUCAAGAUGAUCAGGAUGUAAAUGAUGACAAUGAUGGUGAUAAUGGGGAUAAUGACGAAGGUGGUCCCAAAUAUGUUCGCUUGCGUGGCCUUCCAUGGUCGGCAACACAUAAAGAAAUUUUAGGUUUUCUACGGAAUGUCAAUGUAGUUGGCGGCGCAGAGGGUAUACAUUUGAUUACCAGCCGAUGGGAUGGCAAAAAUACUGGUGAAGCCUAUGUGGAAGUUGAAGGUCAACAGGAUGUUGCUGCUGCACUCAAAUUGAAUAAUGCCUCAAUGGGACAUCGUUACAUUGAGGUCUUCAAUGCCGAUGCAUCAGAGGCCAAAGAAGCCAUGCGUAAAACCACCAACCAUGGCAACUCAUAUGUAGUAAAACUACGAGGUCUUCCAUAUUCGGUUACCGAACAACAGGUGGAAGAGUUUUUCAGCGGGUUGGAAAUCAAAGCGGAUCGGGAGGGCAUUGUAUUCGUUAUGGACAGACGGGGUCGUGCUACUGGGGAAGCAUUUGUUCAGUUUGAAAGCCAGGAUGAUACUGAACAAGCCUUGGGACGUAAUCGGGAAAAAAUUGGGCACAGGUAUAUUGAGAUUUUCCGCAGUUCUAUUGCUGAAUUGAAACGUACCGUUAGCGGCAAUGGUCGAAUGGCUCCCUAUGAUUUGAAAGAUCGUGGCAGCAAUCGUGGCGGCAACAGCGAUUUUGGUGGCAACAGUCGAAACAAUCGUGGAGGUUGGGGUGGCGGCGGUUUCGGAUCGGGCGCCAAUAAUUCCCUCGGCUUCAACAAUUUACCGAACUUUGGAAACAAUGGCAAUUUUGGUAACAAUGGUAAUUUCGGCAAUAAUGGCAAUUUUGGAAACUUUGGCAAUGGAGGCGGAAAUAAUGGCAAUUUCGGCAACUUUGGCAAUGGUGGCAACUUUGGUAACAACGGUGGAGGCGGAAACUUUGGCAAUAAUGGCAAUUUUGGCAACAAUAGCGGAGGCGGCGGUGGCGGUUUCAACCGAUUUGGUGGAAAUAACGAUUUCGGAGAUUUCGGCAAUUUUGGCAACAAUCGUGGAAACAAUGGCGGAAACUUUGGCAACUUUGGAAACUUUGGUAAUUUUGGUGGCAAUAGUAAUGGCGGAGGCAGUGGCGGAUUCGGUAGCAACAAUAGCAUGGGCGGCGGCAGUGGUGGUGGCGGCGGCGGCGGCGGUGGUAACUUUGGCCCAAUUGGAGGCGGUCGCGGUGAUGAUAUGUAUGUGGUACACAUGCGUGGCUUGCCAUUCAGUUCAUUCGAAAAUGAUGUCUUCAAGUUCUUUGACCCCAUACGCCCAGCCAAUGUCCGCAUUAUUUACAAUGAUAAGAACCGUCAUAGCGGCACAGCAGAAGCUUGCUUUGAAACCUACGAAGAUGCUCAAAGAGCCAUGAAGCGCCAUCGAGAACAAAUGGGCUCGCGCUACAUUGAGUUGUUCUUCAAUGGCAAAUCUAAGAGCGGCGGUGGAGGCGGAAACGGUGGCAAUAGUGGACCCAUAGGAAAUAACUACAGUUCGGGUGGCAGCAUUGGUGUCGGCGGUGGUGGCGGCAACAAUUCCUUCCAGAGACGCAUCUAAAGAUCAGACCAGACCCCUACACCUACACCACAUAGCAGCACCACACUACACAAUGGCACCGUUUAAGGCCAUGAAGACAAUUUUACUCCAUUACAUUUUGUUUAUGCUAGCAGUCCACCAGUCCACCAUCAUGAUCUACUCUUCCAUUUAUUAUUUCCUUGUAUGGCCCUCUGUUAGAGUGCUAUGCUGCUACUUGAAACACGCUGAUUUUUUUUUUUUGUUUAUACUCUAUAGAUUUUAAUUUAAGAUUAUGUGACUAUUACAUAAAGUUAAUUUCCUUUUUAUUUUCUUUUACAACAAAAAAAUUGAAAAAGAUAUAACGCCAGUAUCCCCUUUUUAAAAGAAGAUGAAGAAGAAAAACCAAAAAAAGAAAAAAGAAAAACUUUGAUAUAAAACCAACCCCAAAUUCCUAUUGGUAAAAUUGAUUGAUUAAUGAUCAUAGAAACUGAGAAGCACUUAACAUACUUAAUUAAUAAUUUAUCCAUGAUUUUAGUAUUUCCAUAACUUAAGAUUUGCAAAGAAAGAAACCCAUGUGUAUAUGCUUAAUUGUACACAAGGAUGAUUAAAAAACAAGGGGAGGAGAGAAGACGUUUUCCCAUUUAAAAUCUACGGCGUUGGAAAGCGUUUACAAUUAUUUAAAUCAUAAGAAUUUUAACGUAUUUCGAAAAUAAAAGAAAAACAUUAAAAUAAAA